AUGAUAAUUUUAUGGCAGAAUUUGAUCUACGUAGCCGACCCCAUUCAUUGCAGCUUUUCUACCGAUGGAAGUACUAAAGCGCGGAGAACUUUAGCGAUCAUAAAGCCGGAUGGAUUGCUCGGUAACUACACAGAUGAUAUCAAGAGAACAAUUUCAGAAUAUGGUUUCAGCAUUGUCAAGGAACAAAUUGUUCAACUUGGCGAGGCGACUGUGAAAAGAUUUUAUGCAGAACACUCUUCAAAAAGCUUCUUUUCAAGCCUAGUUAAAUACAUGACAAGUGGACCAGUGUUAGUCAUGGUUUUGGAAAAGGAUAAUGCUGUUGCUGAUUGGCGCGCUUUAAUGGGUCCUACUGAUGCAAGCAAGGCCAAGAUUACUCACCCUCACAGCAUUAGAGCAAAAUGUGGAUUGGACACUGAAAAAAAUUGUGUUCAUGGUUCAGACUCUACCAAAUCUGCACAAAGAGAGAUACUAUUUUUCUUCGACGAGCUCGCUCUAGAUGCAAUUACAGAACACGAUGAAUUAAUGCGCAUAGUUUAUAGUUUUGGCAUCUGUCAUGAACAUCCUGGCACAUUUGUAUUGACUUACAUAAGAAGUACAAAUCCACACCAUGAGUACAUUGGUCUUUACCCCAAAGGAUUCAGGUUCCGCAAAAAGAUGUUUGAGGAUAUUGACCGGCUUGUGGCAUAUUUUCAAAGGCACAUCGAUGAUCCACAAAAUGAUUCAGCACCUUCCAUUAGGUCAGUAGCUGCAAUGGUGCCAAUGCGAAGCCCUGCUACUGGUGGCUCAUCAGGAGCAUCUGGUGCAGUAGCUGCUGGUGCAGUACCUUUAAUUUAA